GCCCCACACAUCCCCUGUUGCUUCAUCUCGUUGACUAUAACCUGACUAAUCAAUUCGUUUGACAACAACAACAACGACAAUUUAGUAGAAACACUGUUUUGAGCUCUAAUUUUUGUCCAACAAUGGCAUCUCUUACAACCUGCGCACCCGCCGCAGCCACCGUCAAAGGCCUCGGAGGCAGUUCACUCACCGGGACUAAGCUUAUCCUCAAGCCUUCUCGCGCGAGUUUCAGACCCACUUCAAACAGAGCUGGUGCUGUGGUAGCUAAAUACGGCGACAAAAGUGUGUACUUUGAUUUGGAAGAUUUGGGCAACACCACUGGUCAAUGGGACGUGUAUGGCUCUGAUGCCCCCUCACCUUACAAUUCCCUCCAGAGCAAGUUCUUUGAGACAUUCGCUGCUCCUUUUACCAAGAGAGGAUUGUUGCUUAAAUUCUUGAUAUUGGGAGGUGGUUCGACUCUUGCUUACUUCAGCUCCACUGCAACCGGAGAUGUCCUACCGAUUGUGAAGGGCCCACAACAAAAACCGAAGCUCGGUCCACGUGGCAAGAUCUAAUUGGAUCAACAACAAUCUCAACUCUUGUUAGUAUGGUUUAAAUGUAUCUAUGCUAUAUAGUUUGUAAGUAUGUCUGAUUUCUGCUUAUAAGAUCUCAUCAAUUUUCCAUGUUAUGGUCGUUUGAGAAAGGAAUAGUUAUGGUUUGUGCAACUAUUUUUGGUUCAAAAGUUGUGAUUGUUUGAA